CCCCACGCUGGCAGCCUGGUGAACCAUCGGCGCACCCACGAGGUGGGGCUCUUCACCUGCCUGCUGUGCCGCAAGGAGUUCUCCAACCCCAUGGCCCUGAAGAACCACCUCCGCAUCCACACCGAGGAGAGGCGCCACCGGUGCCUGGACUGCGGCCGCACCUUCCGCGUUGCCUCCCAGCUGGCCAGCCAUCACAGCUCAGCCCACGCCGGCCGCGGCCUGAAAGAGGAGGAGGAGGAAGAGAACAACUUUCAGCAAGGACAGGACUCUUCGUCGUCGGAUGCCGAUGUUUUCCCCGCUCUAGAAGGCGGCGGUGCUGGGCUGUUGCUGAGCAACCUGGAGAAAUACAUCGCCGAGUCGGUGGUGCAGGCCGAGUUCCCCAGCAAAAUGGAGGAAGGCCAGGAGGCGCCUGAAGUGCCGGUGGAAGAGCGACGUUAUAAGUGCAACCAGUGCGACAAGGCCUACAAGCACGCAGGCAGCCUCACCAACCACAAGCAGAGCCACACGCUGGGCGUCUACCAGUGCGCUGUGUGCUUCAAGGAAUUCUCCAACCUCAUGGCGCUCAAGAACCACACCCGGCUGCACUCGGAGUACCGUCCCUACAAGUGCCCGUUAUGCAGCAAGGCCUUCCGCCUGCCCAGCGAGUUGCUGAGCCACCAGAAGGCCCACGAGAAAGCCCGGUGGGCAGGGAGAGCCCCCUCCGAGGGCUCGGAGCACAGCAUCUCGGAGGAGGACUCCAUUGAGACUUCAGCCAAGUUGGAUAUCUACCAGCUGCCGCCGGCCGCCUUCGGAGAGGGCGCCCCCUGCAGUCUGAAAGAUGGGGCGAAGGCCGGGGGCGGAGACCGGGGCAAUACAGAUGGGGAGCUGUGCGUGAGGUGUGGGGGAAACUUUGCUGAGGAGGAGGAACUGAGGAACCACAGCUGCUUCUACCCAGAGGAGGAGGAGAAAGAGGAGGAGGGGAGCUUGGCCCAACCCACGAUGGACUCCGAGGGGGCUUGGGAAGCCAACAGUAAGGACGGAGAGCAGGCACGGCCCUACCGGUGCGGGGAAUGUGGCCGGACCUACCGCCGCAGCCUCAUCAACCACAAGAAAAGCCACCAGACGGGCGUCUACAGCUGCAGCGUCUGCUGCAAGCAGCUCUUCAACCUGGCAGCUCUCAAGAACCACCUGCGGAUUCACCUCAAAUCCAAGCCGGCCUCCCGGCCUGGCCUCCGUUACUCCUGCCCCCCAGCGCCCGAAGAGGCUGCUUGCCACCUCGACCAGGGCCCCUCAGAGCCAGCCAGCAGGGACGAGGCCUCGGAGCCCCCCGCACACGGGGAGGUGGAAGAAGGAGGCCCCCUCAAAGAGGAAGAGGCUGGUUGUAUGGAGGAGGAGGACGACGGGGCGUCGGACGAGAGGCCGUACCGCUGUGGGGAGUGUGGCCGGACCUACCGCCACCGGGGCAGCCUGGUUAACCAUCGGCACACCCACCAGACGGGUGUCUACCAGUGCUCCCUGUGCCCUAAGCAGUACUCCAAUCUGAUGGCACUACGCAACCACGUCCGCAUGCAUUUCCGGGCGGCGCGGGGCAAGGAGCGGGAGAACUACACCUGCACCUGCUGUGGGGAGAGCUUUGAAGAGGAAGCAGAGUUCCAGCAGCACCAGCUGCGCCACGUACCCACGGAUGCCAUUCCCUGUCCCCAGGAGGGGAAGGAUGAGGAGGAGGAGGAGGAGGAGCCGGGCACCGUCCACACACGGGAGGCGGCUUUGCUGCAGGCCAUCAAGCAAGACGUGGAGCAGUUGGAGACCGCGGGGCCAGCGGCGGGGACGUCCCACAUCUGUGGCUGCUGUGGGAUGAUCUUUCAGGAUCUGGGCAGUCUGCAGAGCCACGCCCUGGUGCACGGCAGCAGUGGGAAGCCCAGCCCGGCUGAGUGUGAGGCAGAGCCACUGGGCAGGCGGAUGUACAGCUGUGAGCUCUGUGGCAAGUCCUACCGGCACUCGGGCAGCCUGAUCAACCACAAACAAACGCACCAGACUGGGGAUUUUGAGUGCUCGCUCUGCGCUAAACGCUUCUCCAAUUUGGCUGCCCUCAAGAGCCACUUACGUGGCCACCAGAAGCCAAGGAAGAGCCGGGUGGGGGCGGAGGAGGAAGAGGAGGGGGGCAUGGCAGAGCCCAGAGUUGCUCCUAACGGCACAAUGCAUCUGGACGCGAGUGGCGAGGCAGAGUGUGAUGGCCCCAAAAGCCCCCGGGAUGGAGAGGAGAGGAUGCUGGCUGAGGAGGAGCCCAAGCUGAGCUACAAGCUGCAAGGGGGCAGCAUGGUGAACGGCUGGCAGCAGGCUUCGCCACCCGGCAGCCCCAACUCGCAGCCCUACCAGUGCGAAAUGCUCGACCCCAAGCCUGGCCAGCAGCUGGGCAUAUACCAGUGCUCGCUGUGCCCAAAGGAGUACUCUAACGUGGAUGCACUGAAGAGCCACUUCCGCGGCCAUGCCAUGGCCCAGCAGCCGGGCGCCGGUGCCGAGGAGCGUCCCUUCCUUUGCAGCCUCUGCGGCAUGAUCUUCCCGGGCGAGACGGACCUGCAGCGCCACCAUGGGCUGGCUCACAGUGGCGAGGGAGAGCCGCGGGAAGGCAGCCUGGAGGGGGGCGAGGAUGCCGCUUUCCCAGGGCUCCAGGAGGAGGUGGAAGGGCGGGUGGAGGAGCGCGGAGGGGAGGAAGAGCUGCUUCUCUCGCACAUCUGCAGCCUCUGCGGCAUGAUCUUCCCGGGCGAGACGGACCUGCAGCGCCACCAUGGGCUGGCUCACAGUGGCGAGGGAGAGCCGCGGGAAGGCAGCCUGGAGGGGGGCGAGGAUGCCGCUUUCCCAGGGCUCCAGGAGGAGGUGGAAGGGCGGGUGGAGGAGCGCGGAGGGGAGGAAGAGCUGCUUCUCUCGCACAUCUGCGGCUAUUGCGGGCAGACGUUUGACGACAUGGCUAGCCUCGAAGAACAUAGCCUGGGCCACCGGGAGGAGAAGGAAGCCGCUUUGGCCGACACCACCAUCCAGCUGCGGCUGGCACCACGGCCAGAACUGGCAGAGGAGCAGAAAUCCAGCUUGACGCCCCCAGACAGCCGCCCCUACGCGUGUGCGCAGUGCGGGAAGACCUACCGGCACGGCGGCAGCCUGGUCAAUCACAAGAAAACCCACCAGGUGGGAGAUUACCAGUGCGGCGUCUGCUCUAGGCAGUACCCCAACCUCUCCGCCUACCGCAACCAUCUCCGUAAUCAUCCCAAGUGUAAGCUGAAUGCCGGCCAGCCGGCCAGCAGCGGGGAUGGCGCAGAGAAGAAACCGGCGCUCCCGCACAGCGGGGAGGGAGGCGAGCCCCCCCCAGCCCUGGCCCCUGGAAAACAGGACCCAGCAGGCGGCGCCACUGAGGAGAGCCAGCCGCACGUGUGCGACAUCUGUGGGGAGCUGUGCCAGGGGGCGGCGGGGCUGGAGGCACACUGUGCUGCCCACCACCCGCAGGAGGAGGAGCGGGUGGACCUCGCCAAGAAGGAAGAGGAGGGCAGCGGGGAGGAAGGGCCCGCACCGGCGCGCCCCUUCUGCUGCGAGCAGUGCGGCCGGAGCUACAAGCAUGCAGGCAGCCUGAUCAAUCACAAACAGACCCACAAGACGGGCCUCUUCCGCUGCACCAUCUGCCAGAAGCUCUUCUACAACCUCAUGGCCUUGAAGAACCACAACCGCAUCCACUUCGAGACCAAGCGCUACAAGUGCGCCCAGUGCCCCAAGGCCUUCCUCCUGCAGAAGCAGCUGGCCAGCCACCAGCGUGUCCACCGCGAGAGGAAACCGCCGCUGCCCUCCUCCACCUCCAGGAAGCCGGCUCAUGCCAAGAAAGCAAGCAAGGCCCACGCCGAGGGUGGCGAGGUCUCCGUGCCGGCCGCUGCCUUUAAGAAGCCCCCUGACCCCGAGGAGCGGCCGUAUCGGUGUGAGCAAUGUGGCCGGACCUACCGCCAUGCUGGUAGCCUGCUCAACCACCGCAAGAGCCACAAGACAGGCCAUUACUGCUGCCCUGUCUGCCCCCAGGUUUACCCGAACCUCAUGGCGCUCAAGAACCACCAGCGCAUUCACUUCGAGGCCAAGCGCCACCACUGCCCUGACUGUGGCAAAGCCUUCAAAUGGCAGAGGCAGCUGGCGAGGCACCAGCUGGUCCAUGCCCAGCGCCGGCCCCGCCCCGGCAGCAGGAGCUCCCCAGGCUGCCCCCUCCUGGCGGGCAGUACCCCUGUCCGGGGCAAGACAGCACGGGAAUGGCGGGCCACCCGCAGGGACCAGGGUGGAAGCCAUGUUGAUGCCUCAGGUGGCCACGUUGACGGCGGCCAUCUUAGCACUACCUCAGGCGGCCAUGUUGGGGGUACCUCAGGCUCUCAUGUUGUCAGCAGCCAUGUUGGCGGCGCAUCAGUUGGUGCCUCAGGUGGCCAUGUUGAUGUUGGCACCCACACCCCAGUGGGCGUCCCUCCGGCACCCUUUGGCCCUUUCCAGUGCCCGGUCUGCCCCAAGCAAUUCCCCAACCCAUCUGCCCUCAAGAACCAUGGCCGGGUCCACACAAAAAAGCGUUUUGAAUGCUCGGAGUGCGGCAAGGCCUACAGGGCCUCUCGGGACUUGGUCCAGCACCUGUGGCGGCACCAGGCAGAGGCGGAGGCUCGGGCCACCCCUGGUGCCAAUGGCCUGGUGGACCGGCGCCCCUACAAGUGCGACCGUUGCGAGCGGACGUACCGCCAUGCUGGCAGCCUUCUCCACCACAAGAAGGUCCCCACCAUUGGUCUCUACCGGGGAGAGAUCUAA